CGGGACGGGGCGGGCCUCGAACCCGCGGACUGGAGGCCGCGUCACGUGGUGCGGUGCCGGGAGCGGGGCCGCCGCUGCGCAGAGAAUUCUUUCCAAACCGUGUGUGGUGUUGGAUUUGAACAAGAGUAGAAACAGAGUGAACUUGACGUUUCCUCGAGUGAGAAGCGAUAAUGCAACGAAGACAAGGCAGAGUCAAUGCCGGACUGCUUUUGCUGCUUUACCAGAUUUCCCAAGUAGGACUUCAGAACAUUCCAUCUGUUACCCUUGCAGUGCUCGUACUGAAUAUUUUUUUCUUUCUGAAUCCCGUGAGGCCGCUGCAUGAGGCGUGUAUCAGUGUGAAGGAAGCUUUCUACAGGCGGGACUGGCAGCGUUUACUGCUUUCACCUCUCCACCACGCUGAUGACUGGCAUUUAUAUUAUAACAUGAUUUCCAUGCUUUGGAAGGGAAUAAUGUUGGAAAGGAGACUUGGGAGUAUGUGGUUUGCAUACAUAAUUGCAGUGUUUUCAGUGCUGACUGGAAUUGUCUACGUGCUGCUGGAAUUCAUCCUUGUGAGGAUUCUGGACGAUCCUUCAUAUGAAAUGAGUUGUGCUGUGGGCUUCUCGGGAGUCUUGUUUGCUUUGAAAGUUCUUAACAACCAUUACAAUCCAGGAAGAGUCAGCAGCGUCCUUGGAUUUCGGAUACCCAGCAAGUAUGCUUGUUGGGCAGAGCUGGUGGCCAUUCAUUUCAUUGCCCCAGGGACUUCUUUUGCUGGCCAUCUGGCAGGGAUUCUUGUUGGACUGAUGUACACAAUGGGUCCUCUGAAAAAGAUCAUGGAAGCCUGUGCAGGUGGCUUUUCUUCAUUCACAGACCACAAUAGGCCAAGAAGCUACUACUCAGGCUAUUCAGAGUAUUACGGGUAUCCAGAUGAUCAAUACAGAACACCAAGGAACUAUUAUGCCUAUACAGGAGGGCUCACUGAAGAAGAACAGCUUGAAAGGGCAGUGCUAAACAGUCUGAAUGAAAGAGAUUUUGGUGGAGCAGCGUACAACAACGAGCGGCGACCUUAUGGUUUUUGGUUCCCCCCUGAGCAGCGUUCAGAAGAGGAGAUGCGAAGGCAGAGGCUUCGUAGGUUUUGGAGGCAGUGACAGUGGCAGGUGCUGAUGUGAAUUGUAAAGUGAUGUUCAGAAUUACCAAAAUAUUCCCAAAUUUAUUUAUUUGGGUUUCUUUGUUUUGUUUCAUUUCUUAUUUUACUGCUAUUUGUAAAAACUGUGUAAGAUUUUGUGAGCUUAGGCUCAAAAUUGGAUAAAAAUGGGUAAAGCUGGGAAUCAAAAUGUGAUUUUUGUCACUCCGUUUUGAUGCAUCUUAAAGAUGAAAGGGAACUGUUUUUUACCCAACUUUCUUCUCUGAACUUUUGUGUCACCUGGCUGGUAUUCUCGGAAAACAGGUUUUCUUCAUCCAUCACAGAGGGAAAAAAGCACAAAAACCAAUAAACCCUUUUAAAAUGUAACUUUAAAACUAUGCAAUUCCUUUCUGUAUAUUUUUGGUAUGAGAUGAACAACUCUUCUGGGAUUGGGCUGUGAAUUGUCACUUAGAAAGACUGCUGUGAGGACAAUGGCUGGAUCACAAGGGUCCAGGCUUAGACUUCUCAUGGAAAGGAAGAUACAUAAGCCAUACAGAGAAUAGAUUUAGUUGUUAACUUCUACUUUUUAGGCAUACCUGUCUUCCUUUUUAAGAAUGUUUGGAAAUUAUAUUGAAUUACAUUAUGCAUAUGCUGUUUAUAGAGCAAUAGAAAUUCAGCUGUUCAACUCUAUGUUUUCUCAUCUGAGGUCCAGUGAGCAGUCGUAGUAGUUUGCAGGCUGGUGGAGGAGCCUUAAUACAGUUAACUUGGAAGCCUUCAUUUGCUAGAAAGCAUUUCUUGACUUAAUUCUGGAGAAGCGGAAUGCAGACCUGGGAGCUCAGUUGUCCCUGUGCACAGCCGUCUGCUCACUGUCGUGCUGGUGGUGGAUCUGCCUGUUCAGUGAUGUUAACCAACAACCUGGAGCUUUUUUUUUUUGCAUAUCACUCUGAAAAACCAUUCAUUGCCUGGACUCAUUUUUCUUGCUUAUGGGGAAAAAUUCUUCUGAAAGAUACUCCUAUAACUAUUUUCAGGCCCGAGGAGGUGUGAUUGAACAAAAAUGAUUUGAUCUUUGUCUUUUGGCACAGAAUUGUUUGAAACUCUUUCGCACUCCCUUAAGGUUGUGCAAGGAUGAGAGAUUUAAUGAUUUCUGUUCAGAGAUGUGAUCACCAACCUGUGCUAUAUGAAGGCUGCCUCUCUGUGAAGUUACAGAUUGAGUGUAAAGCAGUGUAAAAGGGGGAAAAAUGUGAUUAUGUGGUUUAAAUAGAGAAUCCCUCCUGCUAUUAAUGUAUGUAGGGGAAGUUUAUAUUUGCUGCAAAACACGUAAGCUGUUCUUGCACUAACAUGCCAUUCUCUUUCACCUUCCUACCUAUUCUUGGCUUUACGCCCAGCAGUGGCACACUGCUAUUCUGGAUAUGAGGUUCAAGGGUCUGAGAGCCAAAAGGUUUGAAUGCAGUGUGACUGGAUGUAAUUGUUCAGGUGAAAUAAGAACACUGUUGAUAUUUUGCACAGUGUUUUCUGUCAGUUUCUAAAACAAAGGAUAAGUGAUGGAGAAUUAUUGUGAUCUUGGUCUUGUUUUUCUGUCCCUGAUACGUGUGUGCCUUGCUUGUUUCUCAGUAUGUUCAGCUGCUGCAGAAUAAAGCAGCAGAUGCUCAUGUUGUACAGUACGUUGGCUUUCUGAUAUGUAGUUAAAAGUCAAAAAAUGCACAAAGUUUGCACGUGUUGCUCAGUGUGUAAUGAUGCGUAAAGGAGGAAGUCGGAGGAUUGUUUCCUCAGACAAAACGCGCUGGUCCAAUGCUCGUGCAAUUCACUGUCUAAUUAUUAUUUUAAUUAAAACCCUGCACUUUGCUACUUAGUUGAAAGAAGUAAAACAAAAACCAAGACGAAGAACAUGACUGCAGCCACGUGAGUAACAGAGGGAGUUCCUCCUACUUACAUUUUGUUGAACAUUGCCAUUAAAUUCUGAAGGAAACCUCUCAGUGCUAAUACUUCUUCAGCUGUUUUCAUGUUUUCAUAUAAAAAAUUGAAAUAAAGUUGUUUUUUUUUAAUA